GUUCACUCAAGUCAAUGAAGGGCAGGGAAAGUUUCAACCAUAAUCAACCGGCUCCAGACAAAGCUGACGGUCCAGCGGCGGCCACAGGCACUAGGGACUGGAGCGUCCGGAAGGUGCCCGCACCUGAGUGCAGGCAGCUGGCGGCCGCUGGGCGCGCGGAGGCCGGGGCGGGGCGGCGGGCAGGACCGCUAGGCGCUGGCCCGCCUCGGGCGCCUCCGGUCGGACACGCCGGGCUGAGGAGAGCGCGAGGGCUGCCGCUCGCCCGCCGCCCGAGACACCUGUUUGGCCGCGCCGGGCGGCGUUUCCGUAGCCUCAGUCGCCCCGCCACCGGCAGCCGAGCCCCGGGACCCGAAGCCCUCGGGCGCCUCCGCCCGCCGUACCUGACAUCAGCCGCGGCUCUCUCUCGCCCCUCCCAGAGGCGGGGAGGAGAACGACCCCCAACCCUCGACCUUCGCUGCCCUGGCCCGCCGCAGCACCGGCAGGGGCUGCUAGCCAGGGCCGCCCGCGGCCGCCCAGAUCAUCCCCCGGCGGCGGCGGCCGAGGCGGGCCCGGCGCGCGUUCCCGCCGCUCGCUCCCGCAGCUCGCUCCGCCCCUCCCCGCCGCGCGGCCUGGCCACGGCCCGCCUACAGCGCAGCCGCCACCCACGGGUCUCGGAGAGCUGACGUCGCGGCUGCUGCAGCGGCCCCGGGGAAGGGCGGGAUCUAGGUGGAGUGGGCGGGGACAGGGCGACGUGCGGAUGCAGGGAUUGGCCGCCGGGAGUUCGCCCCGCCCUCCUGCGAAGGGGGCUGGGAAGUCCUGGCUUCCCCGAGAAAUUUGGCAUAGUGAAGAGUGCUGUGUAACCAGAUGUGUGCCUCAGAAGAACAGAAAACUCAGAGAAUGGUAACUGAAAGACUCUUGGAGGAAUUCAUGUAUAGCACUUCACUUCUGGAACUUGGAGAAGAGUCUCCUUUUCGCCUGUGCUACCUGAGAAUUUCCUGGAGCCACCCCUUGCCAUAGAAGAGGAUCUGGAGCUGUAGAGAAAAAUAUCACGAUUGAAGACCUCAGUGGCUGAAGGCAAGAGGAAGACAGCCCAGGAAAUGGUUCAGGCAGCUGGAACAGAUAAGACAGCGUGUGACAUUUGUACCGCACAAGGAGGACCACACACUAGGAAAUUGUCUGCGGUACUUAAUCAUGAAGAACCCAGAAGUGGAAUUUCGCAGUUACUCUGUGGUCCAUCCUUCAGAGAGCAAAAUUCAUUUGUGAAUUCAGAGGUAGAUGCACUUCCAAUUGUUGAGCCAUUUCAAAAGGGCCUGAUUGAGCUCUUGAAUAUCUGCCAGCAUGUGCUUGUCAAGUUUGAGGUUGGCAUAAAGGACUUGAAAGAUCAAAAGGCAAGUGAAAACCAAACCCACGUUCUGGUCACACCUGUAGGGUACAAGCAGGACCACCCUCAUGAUGGUGCAGAACCCACACCUAGAAUUUGUGAUUGCAGCGUGUUCUGUCCUACAGGAAAAUAUGGUUCUAGCUGUUGACCCAUCACAGCUGUUGGAAUCUCUGAAAAUAUAUUCACCUAAUAAAUUCUCUGUUUUGUUUUC